GGAGGCGCUGCGGCGGCGAGUCGCGGUUAAUGAGAGACGGGAAGAAGCGCAUCGAGAACCCGAAGACCGUCAAACAUGUCGAUAUUCACUCCUACUAACCAGAUCAGGCUGACUAAUGUCGCCGUGGUGCGGAUGAAGAAAGGAGGGAAGAGGUUUGAAAUAGCCUGCUACAAGAACAAAGUGAUGAGUUGGAGAUCUGGAGCGGAGAAGGAUCUUGAUGAAGUCCUGCAAACAAACACAGUGUUUGUCAAUGUGUCUAAGGGUCAAGUGGCAAAGAAAGACGACCUGUCAAGCGCUUUCAGCACAGACGACGUGACAGAAGUAUGCAAACAGAUUUUAGCUAAAGGAGAGCUACAGGUGUCAGACAAGGAGCGACAGAGUCAGCUGGAGCAGAUGUUUCGAGACAUCGCAACUAUUGUGGCAGAAAAAUGUGUGAAUCCCGAGACCAAGCGGCCCUAUACAGUGAUCCUCAUCGAGAGAGCCAUGAAGGACAUUCACUUCUCUGUGAAGGCCAACAAAAGCACUAAACAGCAGGCUCUCGAGGUCAUCAAGCAGCUGAAGCAGUCCAUUCAGAUUCAGAGAGCUCACAUGCGGCUGCGCUUCGUGCUGCCGGCCAAAGACGGGAAGAGACUGAAGCAGAAGCUCAGGCCCUUAAUAAAGACCGUUGAGAACGAGGAGUUUGAUGAUCAGCUGGAGAUGGUGUGUCUGAUAGAUCCCGGUUGUUUCCGUGACAUUGAUGAGCUGAUCCGCUGUGAGACUAAAGGGAAGGGGACGCUGGAGGUGCUCAGUCUCAAAGAUGUGGAGGAAGGAGACGAGAAACUAGAAUAACCUGCUCAUCUAACCAACACAUUAAACUAUUGCUGACUCAUUUUAUAUGGAGAGCCUUUUUUGAUGAGUUAUAGCACUCUAUGACCCAACUGCUAGCAGUAUAUUCACAGCUGGGACAGGCUUUAGUAACAAUACUAAAGAUAUGCUAUGCUAUGAAAGAUAUGCUGGAGCACUGCCUAGCCAAUAUGCAUGAGAAAAGUAUUAAAUUGGCAAAACGGUAACGGCUCAUUCAGACCAGAAACAAUAACUAUAUACAAGGCAUGAUUAUUGUUCAUCAGCAUUUUUAAAGUGAUUCCUGUGAUACCGUUCCUCUGUGACAUUAUUGCUUUAGUUGUGGUCUGGAUUUUAUGGAAGCUUGUUUCCACCACUGAAUAAAAGCAAAAAAGG